GGAUAAUUUCGUAAACCCACUAUACAAUUUAAAUUUACCAUAAAUUCGCCGAGCGGGAUUUUUCAAAAUUUAGUGUUUUGUGUCUUCAACUCCCACUCUAUCGGCUCCAUGCUAACUUUUACCUCUUCCUGAAACCACAAUCCUAGAUUUGAAAUUCCUUUCUCCCUCAUCAGCUGUGAGAUCUCCUUGUAAGCAUAUGAAAUGAACGGAUCUUGUUUGGAAUUCGAGAAUCCGAUCCGAGAUGCCAUUUCCAGGAUCAGAUUCGCGCCGCAGUCUAACAACCUCCUCAUUUCUUCUUGGGACUCCAGUCUUCGACUGUUUGAGGUGGAUUGUUCUAAGCUCAGAUUAGAAACUUCGUCCGAGGCUGCGCUUCUCGACUGUUGUUUCCAGGAGGAAUCUGUCUCCUUCAGCGCUGGCUCUGACGGUUCCAUUACAAGGUAUGAUUUGCAGUCUGGAAUCAGCAAUAAAAUUGGAAAUCAUGAUGAUAUGGUAAACUGUGCGGAAUAUUCUACUGAAACACGUCAAGUGAUUACUGCAGGCUUUGAUAAGAAGAUCAUAGUCUGGGACAUGUUUGGAGCAAAGCCCCUAGUGUUCCAGAAAAAUCUAGAUGCAGAAGUGGAAUCAAUGUCACUCUCUGGAUUUGAAUUGAUCGUAGCGGUUGGAUCAUCAGUUGAUAUUUAUGACUUGCGUAACUUAGACCAAUGUGUUCAAUCAAAUGAAUCUUGUAUGGAUGUUCCAAUACGAUGUGUCUCCUCAAUUCCUUAUUCUAAGCAUGGAAUUCUGUCAGAAUUCAUAAUCUUCAAUAUAACAGCUUUACGAGAGAUGAGAUAUGCAGUUGGAUCGGUAGACGGACGAGUAAAAUUAGAGAUUCCAUAUCCUUCCGGUUCAAACAACAUGGGGUAUAUGUUCCGAUGUCAUCCAAAAUCAAGAGAUCGAAGAAACCAUGUAGUACCGGUGAAUGACAUCGCGUUAAACCCAUUCAUCUCAGGUGUUUUUGUCACGGGUGAUAAUGCGGGUUAUGUUACUGCAUGGGAUGCCAAAAGUAGAAGAAGACUCUUUGAUCUGCCUAGCUACUCAAACAGUAUUGCCUCCUUAACAUAUAACCAUGAAGGGCAAAUUUUGGCUGUUGCAUCAAGCCAUACAUUCCAAGAGGCCACUGAAAUAGAAAAGCCCCCACAGAUAUCUGUGCAUAAACUUGAUGAAAGCCACUUGAGAUCAGUUUCUGAUGGAAGUUCAAGUAGGGAAUGAUUGCACAGAUCAUUGUAUGUACAAUAUUCUGAAGGCGCUUAGUCAUUGAUUGCUGGUAGCUUCA